ACCUCAAUCCAUAAAGUCGGUUCGUUCCAAGAGCGACAGCCAAAUCAAGAGUAAAACUGCAUGGCGACCUCUAACAAUGAAGACUUACUUUCCUACCUUCAAGCGAAAUUCCCCGAAUUUGACCCCAAGAAAGGAUCUUCACGGUUGAGUUCAUUGUACUCUGAUUUCUCUUCGUUACAGGAGACCAAUUCAUAUGGUUAUGAGGCCAAUGCAUCCUUUUGGCGAACAGUCAUCUUACAAGCUAACCGAGAUGGCAUGAUUUCUUGCAACGGAUAUACUCUAGCUGUCUCUCAGGAUGGCUUGGAAAAAGCGUUCGAGUAUGGAAAAUACGGACAGCCUCUUGGCAUCAACAACGUAACAGAACAUAUGAUUGAAGAUGGAGACCUAGUAACGGUUGAGUCGGUGUUAGAAGCAGGAGCGCUCUCUAGUCGGCCAUGGUCAUCAUAUUUACUCUCUGUUUUUAUCGGCCGACCAUUACGAUAUGCAGCUUCCUUUAUCAAGCAGUCGCAACAAUCUGGCGCGUACGUCGUUAUGCCCACAUUGAAACUGGUGACGACCAAAGUAUGCGAAGAGCAUCAGAAGAAACAAGCUAUAUCCAUCACCGAUCAUUUGAUGACAUAUGAGACGUUUCGGAAACGGUAUUCAAAAUCGCUGAUACCCAAUUGCGAACUCACCGAUGCCGAUAUUUGGUUGCUAUUGCGUUACAUAGAAUCUUCAAAAGGAGUUGCUAUAGCUGAAAUCAACCGAGGAAAUGGAGCACAAAUUAUGCUCAAAUUCGCUAAUGCUGCAACCGUCGCUCAAAAGAAAAGUGUUGAAAUAACGGAAACUGACAAGGGUAUUCUGUCUAUUAUGGAAACAUCGGAAUCCUUAAAAUCACAAAUUGAUGAACUUGAGGCUACAAUGUCAAAGUUGACCAUUGAUACAAAAGAAUGUCUGUCAAAGAAGCAAAAGCCGCAAGCUUUAUACAAACUGAAACAAAGGAAGCGGAUAGAAGCGGUUUUGGAGAAAAGGUUGCAUUAUCUUGAUGCAAUGGAUACUAUCUUGUUCAAAAUUGAAAGCUCUCAAAACGAUGCACAGAUUGUACAGGCCUAUGAUCUGGGCGCGAAUGCUCUCAAAUCAGUACUAUCUUCUUCUGAGCUUAAUGUGGAUGCUAUUGAUAUGACAAUGGACAAAGUUCAAGAGACAUUUGCUGAUCAACAAGAGAUUGAUGACGCACUUCAACUCGGUAUGGCUGAACUUCAGGACAAGCAAUAUAAUGAUUUGAGCAACGAUGAGCUGGAGAAGGAACUAGAAGAGCUCGAAAAACUGGAAUCGAAAGUUCUGGAAAGGCGACGUUCGGAAUCUCCAUUUGAGAGGGAUGACUUAUCUAUUCCUACUCACAAGCCUAUUAUGACUCCAAUCGAGGAAACAGAAAAUUCAACUAAUCCUCAAAAAACCAAGAUACCAUUAGAAAUUCAGUAACCAUAAUUCAUUAUUUGAAACCAUAAUUUGUGUAAUGUACAAGAAACCCCAGUCAAAUUAUCUCGAGCUUAAGUACUAUAUGGCUUUUUCUGGACACUAAACGUAAUUUAAGCGAGCCGUUAUUGGUUUCUAAAUGCUCACUGC